CAGCUGGAGACCUAAACUGGAUAAAUUGCAUUCAAGCUGUUCGCCACGCUCGCGCACAGGACGAGGUAGGUUCUUCCCUAAUACGAAGACGAUCAAGCAAUUGCCAUUUUCUUCGCAUUUGCACUGGCAGGUGGGAAGCUUCUGUGGCACACAUGAUCUGUACAUGAUGGCCGAGCUUUUUACGUUCUGAAAACUUCAGAUUCUCCCAUAUUUAGUUCAAAUUGCAGCACUAGAGCUGCGGUGAUUGAGGUGUUGCGGAAACAUGACGUCCAUACUUCUCAAACGUCUGGCCACAAAAGGUGCAGAUGCUGGUGUUUCAAAAGUUUCACUAUGGAUCAAUCUGCAUCGUGGUCUACAAACAGUUGCUGGAUCGAGAAUUGAGAAAGAUACAUUUGGACCAAUUGAGGUUCCUGUGGACAGGUACUGGGGUGCGCAGACGCAGCGCUCGUUGCAGAAUUUCAAGAUUGGAGGAGCACGGGAACGCAUGCCAGAGCCACUGAUAGAAGCAUUUGGAAUCCUCAAGGCUUCUGCAGCAAAGGUGAACAUGACAUAUGGCCUGGAUGAGAAGAUUGGACGUGCAAUCAUUUCAGCUGCAACCGAGGUCUCUGAAGGAAAGCUGCACGACCACUUUCCUCUUGUGGUUUGGCAAACUGGGAGUGGGACACAGACCAACAUGAACGCCAACGAGGUCAUAGCCAACCGUGCGACGGAGAUCCUCGGAGGCCAGUUGGGCAAGAUGCUGGUCCACCCAAACGAUCAUGUGAACAUGAGCCAGUCGUCAAAUGAUACCUUUCCUACUGCGAUGCACAUAGCGGCAGUCCGAGAAAUCCAUCGAAUUCUCCUGCCCAACUUGGAGACGCUCUACAAGGCCCUUUCUCAGAAGUCCAAAGAGUUUGAGAACAUCGUCAAAAUUGGACGCACACACACCCAAGACGCAACCCCUCUAACUCUUGGCCAGGAGUUCAGUGGCUACGCAACACAGGUCAAGUAUGGUCUCGACAGGGUCAACCAGGCACUUCCCCGUCUCUAUCAGCUGGCGCAAGGAGGCACGGCCGUAGGAACUGGCCUGAACACGAGGAAAGGGUUCGACGUAAAGAUAGCGGAUGAGGUGUCGCAGGCUACCGGGCUUCCUUUCAAGACAGCUGAGAACAAGUUCGAGGCCCUGGCAGCUCACGACGCCUUUGUUGAGGCCAGCGGGGCGCUCAACACGGUCGCCGUGUCCUUGAACAAGAUUGCAAACGACAUCCGGUUCCUCGGCAGCGGCCCGAGAUCCGGCUUGGGCGAGCUGAUCCUGCCAGAGAACGAACCGGGCAGCAGCAUCAUGCCGGGCAAAGUAAACCCGACGCAGUGUGAGGCCUUGACAAUGGUCGCCGGCCAGGUCAUCGGCAACCAUGUCGCCAUCACGUUCGGCGGCUCCAACGGCCACUUCGAGCUCAACGUCUUCAAGCCCCUCAUUGCCAGUGCGCUGCUCCAGUCUGUCAGGCUUCUGGGCGACGCCGCGCUGUCCUUCGAGGAGAACUGCGUCAAGGGGAUCCAGGCCAACCGGCCCCGCAUUGCGGAGCUGGUUCAGAAGUCACUCAUGCUGGUCACGGCGCUGAACCCGAAAAUCGGCUACGAUAAGGCGGCCGCGAUCGCAAAGAAGGCGCACAAGGAAGGGUUGACGCUCGAGGAUGCGGCAGUCAAAUUGAACAUCCUCACUCCCGAGCAGUUCAAGGAAUGGGUCCGCCCAGAGAACAUGAUUGGGCCUUCUUAGCAGCAAACCGCAUUCAAUCAGACACUUUCUGAGUCAUCAAAUUGGGCUAAAAGGUGCUUGUUUGAUUGAAACGCUUGCAUGUUGAACAGAUUGGAGUGGGAUCUUUCCGGCUGUCGAUAGGGCUGCAUGCGCUAUAUUAGCGGUUGGUCGGCAUUGGGUCAUGUGCAAUGUCAAUCAUUGUAAGGCCAUCUGUAGUGACCUUGAUGGCACAUGAUGACCCAAUCAGACCACAUGAAGGUUUAUCUCUGGUUUAAGGUUAUGAAACCAUUGACGCACC